AUGCCGCGUGUCUCUCAUAAGGACAGUCGUCCUGCGCGCCCGACUCCAACUCCCUGGACAACGUCCAGAUGCCACAGAACCCUUCAACCACUAAAUCUUGCCGUGGCCAGCAUUGAGAAAUGGCACAAGGCCUUCCCGAGUGCACAAGAAGCGGAGUCGAUAUUGGACGGCGUUGGGGAGCAGGCCACUUGCGUAGCGCAGGAUGCUUCUAAAACAGGACAGAGAGCGCAGAAGAAAAAUACAGUGCGUACAAAGGCGGCACCGCGAACUCCUACACCCAAGUGACCGCGCAAACCCUGUUCAACGGAAUUGACACGCCGCAACAUUGUCAUCCGUUACCAUCCGGACAUCGAAAGGGCUGUAGAGGUAGCCAGUAUCCAACAAAAUGACAGCGAGGCCACAGCCAUUGCAGAUGGAGCAGGAUCAGACAUUUGUGAAGGAUCUCAUCGCUGGACUGCCCCUACUACCCAUCUAGCCAAAGAUUACGAAGCCAUCAUUCGGGAUGCUCAAACUAUCAUUCCGGCGUCCCUGGUUGCAACUUCCGAGCUGGAGUACCCUUCUUGUUCGGAUGACUCGAGCGCAGAAACGACGAGAGACUACUAUCAAUGGGCAAAGUCCCUGAUGCACAUAUGUCUAGUCAAACUAUCGAGGACGACGAUUGAGGAGCAGAUGCAAAAUGAUGCAAACAAAAAUGAAUAUGAUGGACAACAUGAUAUCAUUGGCUCUCGUUUUCAAGAGCUU